AAGGCUCCCAAGAACCGAGCUUUCUAAUCAAUAACAAUGCGAAAAGCCUUGUCUCCUCACUCACUCGAGAACUAUAAAACGCGGCCAGUCGAGUCCACAUUACUCUAGGAUAUCACUACAGCACACCCAGUACACCCUCCACGCAUCAACCCCCGUGAUCUACCAUGCCAGAAGAAGCAGCGAGUAGGUUGGCUGUCGCCGCAAGGCUGAAACUCAGGCAGGAGCGGUGGCUCGAGACGCUCGGCAAAGUCUUUCUCGUGAGCGAGGGCUACAUCGUCAGAAGGCCCCCAUCGCUCCUCGAAGACCUGUAUAAGGUGGUCACCGUCGAGAUCUUCGGCAACGGUCGAUGCUUCGUGGUGGUGAUCAUCGAGCCCCCCGUGGUAGAGGAAAACCGGUCCGCAUGCUGGGAGAGCGUGGACGCGCUCCAGCGGGAGUAUUGGUUCCAGCCCGUCAGGGGACAGCCAAGAAUUCAGGACAUCUACGGGGCCCUGCAGAUGGGGGACGAAGUGAUCUUCACGAAGAAGGACCAGGACUCGCCAGCGAAAGACGGGGGGCACGCGCCAGCGUCGAGAACCUUCGAGGCCGAGACGGUGCUGAGCUGGGACGCGGAUAUGUCUGUGAUCGAGUCCCACCUCGAACAAGUGAAGUCCAAGAUUCAGAUAGCUAGGCUUCGUCGGUUGCUUGGUUCGGUAUCAAGGAUGGUGGUGAGACAGGGAGUGUUUGAAAUUGCAUGA